AUACCUCAUAUCUGUUUGUCUCGCUUAGGGUUCAUCAAUCUUUUACGAUGGUGAAGCCGGUGAGACAGAAGAACAAGGCUGUGCUUACUUUCCGAGUGAACCCGCCGAUCAACCCUGGCACUAAAAAAAUUUCACAUUCGAGAGUAUCCUUGGUUCCCAAGGAGGUUCGAAAGCUAGCCAAUAAUGGGAUCUUAGGGGGACUUGAGCCUGUUUCCCCGAGAGUUUCAUGCACGGGCCACAUCCAAAUCGAGAGCCAGAUGAAGAAAAAACGAGGUGUCGGCAAACAUAAGCAAGCAUUUUCACCUCUAGCCCAAGCGUUAGUGGAACAGAUCAAAAGGAAGGUAUUGAACGGGAGAAAACGUGGCUAUGAAUCCGAUGUUUUUGAUGCGUCGUCGGAGACGGAGGACGCUGGUCCUUCGCUUCAGCAGAUGAGGCAAUUUCGUUAUGGGUCACGUAGCACGUUAUCGGAUUUUAAUUGGAGGGCAUAUGAUGCAGAGAAAAAGGGGAAGACGUUGAACGGGAGAAAGCGCGGUUAUGAAUUUGAUUUUUCCGAUGUGCACGCGCCGUCGGAGGCGACGCAGGCUGCUCCUUCGCUUCAGCAGAUGAGGCAAUUUUCCAAGGGACGUAGUACGUUAUCAGAUUUUUAUUCGAGGUCGCAUGGUGCAGAGGAAAAGAGGAAGGUAUUGAACCGAAGAAAUAACGGUUAUGAGUCGGAUGAUUCUGAUUCGCAGGUGACAUUCGAGGCGGCUGAUGUUGUUGCCCCUUCCCUUCAGCAGAUGAGGCAAUUUUGUUCGAGACGUAGUACGUUAUCGGAAUUUGAUGAUGCGGAGGAGGCGGCGGAUAUCGUCCCUCCCCUUCAGCAGAUGAGACAAUUCUAUUCGAGACGUAGUACAUUAUCAGGUUUUGAUUCGAGAGCAUAUGGUGAAGUGGAAAAGGGGAAAAAGAUGUUGAACGGGAGAAAGCGUGGCUAUGAAUCCGAUGAACAUGUGACGUUGGAGGCGACGGAGGUUGGUGGCCCUUCCCUUGGACGGAUGAAGCAAUUUUGCUCGAGACGUAAAACGUCGCCGGAUUUUGAUUCGGGGGCAUGUGAACCAAAGGAAAAGCGAGUGAAAAGGAAGAGAAGGUAGGUUAUCCAUGGCGUUUGUAGCUGUUGUAGUUGAGGUUGAAGAGACGAGAGAAGAACUGUGACGUCGUCCAUAACCGCUCAUCUAGUUUGAGGUGGAAAUAUCCAAUAAUUCUAUAUUUAUAUAUAUAUUUCCGUGUCUGUGUAUAAAAUUGUUAAUAAUAGUGGAAGAACAAUUCUUCUGAAAUAAUAAAAGGAAGAAGAUAUUGGCUUUCCCCAAUAUGGAUGU